AUGAGGAUCCUUCUACUCAUUCUGCUAUUGGCUUUGACCGUGAAUUGCGGUUCAGACUUCUUCAAAGGUAAACUUGGAAACAAAAUAAAAGCACUUCUCGAAAAGAUUAAGAGUUCAAUGAAUGUCACAUCACUUCUUCAAAUUCGUGAGAAAUUUGCCAAAUUGAGGGACAAAAUAAAGAAAAAGUUAGCGCUUACACCUCAACGGAAGGCGGAAGUGGAUAAGAUUAUGAAGUUCAUAAAACUGAAUAAAGAGGAUCGCAUUCAAAAAAGUGGCGAUACGAUCUCUCAAAUUAAUAAAAGGACUGGCAUGGCCGAUAUAUUGUUCCAAGGCGAUAUCGUUUUAACAGACGAUCAGGCCAACGAAAUCACCGACGAGAUUGAAAAUGAAGGCAAGAAUCGUACAAAACGACAAGCAUACCGUGAUCAAUGGUAUCCGCAAACAAUAUGGCCCGAUGGUGUUGAAUAUUCGUUUGAUCCUAGCGCAGAUCAAUUAAUGCGAACUGUAUUCGUGAAAGCUGCACAGGCUUGGAUGGAGGAUACAUGCAUUAACUUCCGUGAAAAUCCUUCAUCUCCGACCAGGGUCCGUCUUUUCAAACAAAAUGGAUGCUGGUCCAUGAUUGGUAACACUCAUCGAGAACAAAUGCUCUCGUUAGGAGACGGUUGUGCGACGGUUGCAAUAGCCACACACGAAAUUGGCCACGCUAUUGGAUUCUGGCACACACACGCAAGAUAUGAUCGCGAUCAAUAUCUCUACUUCAUCCCUCAAAAUGUCAUACCAUCUUGGUUGGAUCAGUUCGCCUUACAAACACCACAAACAAAUGAGAACUACGGACUACCGUACGAUUACGGAAGCAUUAUGCAUUAUGCGGCAAGCAGUGCGUCUCAAAAUGGUAAACCCACUAUGGUUCCUCGUGAUCAAACGUAUCUGGAGACUCUUGGAUCACCAUUCAUUUCCUUCAUAGAAAAACUUAUGAUCAAUAGACAUUAUGGAUGCGACAGAAAUUGUGGUCAGGGUUCGGCACAGUGCAGGAUGGGUGGAUUCCCAAAUCCUCGCGAUUGCUCACGAUGUGUUUGCCCAAGCGGAUAUGGAGGCGAUUUGUGCGAUCAAAGACCUCCUGGAUGUGGCGGUGUGGUGGAAGCAAGUAAUGAUGUUCAAACAUUGAGAGACGGAGUAGGAGUACCUAAUUCAGGAGAAAGAGUGGACAUGAAAGUCUGCAACUAUUGGAUUACGGCACCGGAGGGAUCACGAAUUGAAGUCAGAAUUAGUGGAAUGGCAAACGGUCCCUAUAUUCAUGGAUGUGUGUUUUGGGGAAUGGAAAUUAACACUCAACGAGACCAACUACAAACUGGAUUUAGGUUCUGUAAUCCACAAGAUAUCGGAUUGACAUUGGUCUCAAGCAGCAACAUUGUGCCGAUAAUAGUUUACAACCGAGUUGGGGUAACUCCAUUCGCAGUUGACUAUCGAAUUGGUGAGUUUUCACCCAUAUAG